AUGUCAUCAGCUGGUUUACUUGAUGAACACGAAUCUGUGACAAUAUUUAGAGAAUAUCUACGGAUACCAACAGUUCAACCAAAUGUCGACUACAGUGAAUGUAUAAAGUUUCUUGAACGCCAAGCCCAAAGAUUAGGUCUUCCGUCAAAAGUGUUUUAUAUGACACCAGAAAAACCAGUUGUAAUUAUUACAUGGAUAGGACAAAAACCUGAAUUGUCAUCUCUAUUACUCACCUCUCAUAUGGAUGUUGUUCCAGUGUAUCCUGAGAUGUGGACAUAUGAUCCAUUUUCUGCACACAAAGAUGAAAGUGGAAAUAUAUAUGCUAGAGGUGCACAAGAUAUGAAAUGUGUUGGAAUUCAAUACUUAGAAACUAUCAGAAAGUAUAUUACAGAAAAGCUCAAACUGAAAAGAACCAUACAUAUAUGUUUUACACCGGAUGAAGAAAUAGGAAGUAAGUUUGGUAUGGCUAAAUUUGUUACAACUUCGGAGUUUGCAGAAUUAAAUGUUGGUUUUGCUCUGGAUGAAGGAAUAGCAACACCGCUUGAGGUUUUUGAUGUAUAUUAUUGUGAAAGAACCUCUUGGUAUUUAAUUAUAACUUGUACUGGCCAGACUGGACAUGGUUCAAUACUACAUGAAAAUACAGCCGGAGAAAAAUUACAAUAUAUUAUCAAUAAAUUUAUGAAUUGGAGAGAAUAUGAAAAAACUAAACUACAAAACAGUGAUUUAGAACUUGGAGAUGUGACUACUAUAAACUUAACAAUGAUUAAUGGGGGGUGUCAAAUAAAUGUUGUGCCAACUGAAUUAUCAGUUACUUUUGAUAUACGGUUAGCAAUUGAUGUAGAUAUCAAAAAAAUGAAGGAAACUGUAGAAGAAUGGUGUAGUAAUGCUGGUCCAGGCGUCCACGUUCAAUUUAAAGAUAACCCAAUUCGUGUUAAACCAACUAAAAUUGAUAAUACAAAUCCAUGGUGGAUUGCAUUCAAGAAUGAAUGUGAUAAAAUGGACAUGAAAAUCAAUACUCGUAUAUUUCCCGCAGGAACAGAUAGCAAAUUUAUAAGAAAUGUUGGCAUACCAGCUUUGGGAUUUUCUCCAAUGAACCAAACAAAAACUUUAUUGCAUGAUCAUAAUGAAUUUCUUAACGAGAAAACAUUUAUCAGAGGUUUGGAUAUUUAUUAUAAUAUAAUCAAAGGACUUACAUCAGUUUGA